GUGAGGGGCCGCAAUGCGUUUGUGGUGGUUGGGCCGCUUGCGUGUGGGUUCUUGGGUUGUGGGGAGACGGUCGACAACAAGGGGGCAUGAUGCUUCGUUGCACGUUUUGCAACCAAGUUUCCCAAGGGACCCAGUUUCAGGCCACGAGGCACUUCACACAAACAAACUACUGCAAGGAUGUCAGCGACAAGGAGUUUUACGAGAUCGUGCGACGGACUCAUCAGAAGUUCGAGGCCGAUCAUACGAAGAGGGUUGCCAGGUAUGCAGCGGAGCGCGAAGUCGAUGUGCCCGGCACGGGUGGUGCAAGGGGAGGAGAGGCGGGGCGACGUCCGGUGGAGGGAGGGGUCGGGGGAGAUGGUGGGCAUGAUGUGCCAGAGCACCCGUUGGGGGGUGGAGGCAGUGAUACAGAGGAGGGCGUGAUCCACGUCGAUCGCGAGGCGCGUGGCCCGGGCGAGGAGGAAGUCUCGGAACACGAGGACAUGCCAGAGUUUUAUCCAGGCACUGGGGAGAGGAUGGAGGACUGGCGGAGGCGAGCAGGCAAGGGAGCUGCAACGGAGGGGUCUUUCAAGAGGAAGGAAGGAGGAACUGAUCCGGCUGCCACCCCAACUGGAAAGCGGCUUCGCGAGCAGAAGGUGACUGAUGUCUACAGUUGCCAGACGGGUUUCGAGUUGGAGGGUGCGGACUACAUCCUUGCAUGUCGGCAGUUUGAGGACUUCCACAUUCAGCAGGGCAGGUUCAUGGAUUGGGGCGGGGCGGAGGUGCGUGCUCGUGGGCGCGCAUGCAGCAGCGACGGCGAGAUGAUUGAGUGCGCGUCUUGGUGGUCUCAGUUCGUGGCGGGCGCGCCAGAGUUGCAACGACGUGCUUGCAUUUUUCGUCCCUACCCCAGGGAGGACGACUCGAACGAGGAGCCAGUACCCGAGGCGGCAGAUGACCCUGCGCUCCGCAUUCCCCGCGAGAUCGACGAGACGCACGACAAUCCCGACUCCGAGGAGCCGAAGGCACACACUGCACGACGGGCGCCGGACCGGGCGGACAGGGAGAUGCUUGGGGGAGAGGAGGAGUUUUGGGGCCCAUUCGGGGAGGUCGCUUCCAUAGGCGGCACAGAGGCGCGGGUGACGACCCCCACUCCGACCAGGCGGGAGUCGUCCAUGCCGCCACCUCCUGCUCCAAGUCCUGCACCACCAUCGCCCGUCUCACCACUUCAGCCGGUCAUGGCAACGGCGGACACAGAGGAGUUGGGGUCCUCUUUGCCUCAGCGCGGACUUCUCCACAGAGGCGAGGCAGUCCGCCAGCGGAGGUUACGAUCACCUUCCCCGGGGAUAUUGCAGGAGGAGGGGGCACUGUCGGCAGCAGCAGUGGAGGCGGGGAUGGCACCAGCGGCGGUGGCGGACGCAAUGAUGGCAGCAGCGGUGGACGAGAUAGCAGCAGCAGCAGCAGAAGCAGCAGUGCUGGAGGAGAUGACAGCAACACUGCUGGAGGAGGAGGCACCAGCUGCAGGAGGAGCAGCUGGAGGCGCGACAACAGUGGAGGUGGAGGGGGCAGUAGCAGUGGAGGAGGAGGAGGCACCGUCGGCAGAUGCAGUGGAGCGGUGGGUGGCAGGACCAGUGGAGGAGGAGAUAGCCGCACAGGCGGAGGUGCAGCAUGGGGGUGAUGACGAGCGCCUCAUGCAGCAGUUCCUCACAAAGGAGCUCAAUCCGGUCAUAGCGGGUAUGACCCCGGGUGUGGUGAGGGGGUUUGGGAUUUCGGAUUCGGAGAUGGGGACCCACUUAGCCUUUGAUUUGUCGAUGGGCCUUCCACCUAGUUGUGGUGGGGCGACGUCGACGGAUCGGGCUCCAUCGAGGGACGAGGCGGCAGGACAGACUUUGACACAGAUCCCGAGGGAGAGGACGACGACUGAGUCUCCAGAUGCAGCACGCGACAUCAUGGAGCGAGAGAGGGCUCGACUUUUGGCAUCGAGUAACCCGCGUGCUCAGGUGUUCGCACGGGCCUUGGAGGAGGCCAGGCUUCGAGAGACAGGGGGGGAUUGUGUGCAGGGUGUGGUGGUGGCGGGGGAGGACGUUGCGGAGGGAGUGGCAACAUGGGCGGUCGAUGAGGCAUUGCCGGGUGGAGCAGAGGCAGUGGACAUAACUGUGGAGGGACGGCCACAUGCGGUGGAUGAGGCUGUGCAGGCAGGACAGCCGCGGCGAGACGAGGGGGCUAUAGACGCACGACGCGUGGUCAAGGAGACAGCGACGGGUCCAGUCGUUCCGUUCUCAGGCCUGCACUUGGCUCAGGGCCGACAGUCGCAGGCGGUUCAGAUGGCAGUGCAUGGUGUGCCACCGCCCGUUAUCAUGGAUUUGGGGUCCGAGCCGGUGGUUGUGCCCCCAUGUCUUCCUAGCCACUUUGCUCCGCAAGAGGUUCGUCGUCCUUUGGAUGCAGAGGAGUUGGCGAGAGAGGCUGUGCGCGAUGUUACUCGAUUGGACCAGCGGAUCUUUGACCAGAGGCUCGAGCAUCCAGCAUGGCAGGCGAUCCCUUCGGUUCCAUAUGGUCCUGCGUCGCCCGUGUGGUCUGGGUCUACCUCCACCGGGGGACAUGUAGUGGGACAUGUUCCACGGGUUUAGGGUGGCGUGAUGGAGACAGCGCCACACACAGGAGACAUGCCACCCCCUCCUCCUAGACCACCUGUAGUCUUUGUAUCCCCAGCGG